UGCUUCAGCCACUAGGUGGCAGCACCAACAAGAGGCAAACAACCAGCUAGCGGAAGUGAAAUAACUCUGCAGCGCCAGUAGAGCUGCCUGGUCCUUACAAGAACAGUUUUCAUGGACCAUUUUGUAUCAGAAAGGGAGUUUAAUUUCCCGGUUUGACCGAACGGUGGUCUGGGUAUUUAUUUCUUGAAUGUUGAAGAUACAAAUCGGCCCACUGCGCCCCUAAUGGUUUAAGGCGAAGGUGAAGAAGAAGUGCACGAACAUCUUAGUACACAACUCCUACUUUAACCGCAUAUAAGUGUCGUAUUGGUUCUCGUUUGACUUUGCCAGGAUGGAAGGAGAGGAGCAGCUUAGGUCUUUGCUGUUCCUCAUGACCUACGUGCUGUUGAAACGCAGGAGAGACAUAAACAACGCAAACAUCCAGAGGCGGCAUGAGGUCCAGAGACGGAUCCGACACAGACAGUACUUCUUCCAGAGACAGAGGAAGAUGCUCAUGGUGGUUGUCAGUGGCAAGGGGCACUUCUGGGACGUAUGCGCCAGUUUCCCAGGUGGGACGGAUCCAAGCGACAUCUUACAGAACUCCUCGCUGUGGGCCACAGCUUCAGAGGGUGGGCUGUCACCUGUACCCCCUCCUAUCUUCAUGGGAAAACCAUUAAGGUACAUGCUGCUGGGGGAGGAUUGCUACCCUCUCCAGAGCUGGCUGAUGAAGGCCUAUCCCGAGGAGAGGAGCCGGAGGGCGGGUCACGCCGCGCUGACGGUGUCGCAGCGGCUGUUUAACCGGCAGCUGAGGCGAGCCCUGCGUGUGUCGGAGGCGGCGCUGCUGCGGCUGAGGGCACGCUGGCAGUGCCUGAGCAAAAGGAACGACUGCGGGCUGGACGUGGUACCCACAAUGAUCCUGGCUUGCUGCAUUCUCCACAACAUGUGCGAGUCCCACGGGGAUGCGUCCAGAGCCGAGUGGCAGGAAGAGGUCGCCAAGGCAGAGAGCCCCCAACCCCGCCACAAAGCGCACGCUGCUGCCAGCAUGGACCAAAGUCAUGCUGAGGAGACCAGAGCUCUCUUCUGUGACUUAUUUGAACAGCAAAGUAAAAUGUCUGGAAUCAUAUAAGAUCAAACAACUUGCUGUCCUGUUAAUAUAGUUAUGUCCAGAGUGGAUGUGCUUAUCCAUCACCAGUGUUGAUGCUUGAGCUAACUGUUUACAGCUCAAACUGAAAUGGCUACAGAUGACAAAGCUACUGUUGUAAAUCAAGAAAUGUUUUGUAUGCUCAGUUUGAAUUAGACAAAAGGUUUUUUGUGGGUCUAGGGUCUGAACUGCUGGCAGCUUCAGGUUCGCACCCAGACAUUUUAUACUGCACAGCUGGUCUGUUUUGAGAUGUGGAGAAUGGGGUUUGGUAUCAAUUUAGGCUUUAAUCUAAAAAAAAAAAAAGUCCAGAUGACAGCAUAUGUUGCCCCAAAACCUGUUAAUGUCCCAUUGUGUUUAUUAAAAAGACAUUUUAACCAUGCUCUCUCACUUUGUAAACUUGUGCUGCAGUGCUGUGUAAAGAUUCAAAUUUUAUUCCAAAUCAGAGUCGCUCUCAAAUGUUUUCUUCUGAUUAUUGCUUAUUUAAUUUGCAUGAUUUUCUUACUAACUAAGCCAAUAAUAACAUGAUGAUGGAUACGGGCAAUGGGCAGAUAUGGGGUCAGUUGCAUACGGUUUGAAAUGUGUUUGCAUACUUCCAAACUGUUGUGGGGCAUUUCAACUCUGUAUUUGUUUAAUUCCAAGCUUCCUCUUUAUUUGUAUGAGCUUAAAAGAAGACGCAACACAUUGUAUGCAAUUAUACUGCCCGGCCACAAGAUAUCGCUGCCACCCCAGCACACCUCCAGCAAAUUUGGUUCAGGGCAGUUAUUGGUCAGAUGUAUUAAAUCGCCUGGCUUCUUGUAAACUAACAGGUUGUACAAUUAUUUUCCUAUUUCAAAUAAUAUUGACCUAAAAUAAACACCAGA